AUGGCGUCCGGCGCAAGCGGGUCUUACAACAACCCCCUCAAGAAGUUCAAGCUUGUCUUCUUGGGCGAGCAGAGUGUGGGGAAAACGUCCCUCAUCACUCGGUUCAUGUAUGAUUCAUUCGACAACAUGUACCAAGCGACCAUCGGAAUCGACUUUCUUUCCAAGACCAUGUACCUUGAGGACCGAACCGUCAGACUACAGCUUUGGGAUACCGCCGGCCAAGAACGUUUCCGCAGUUUGAUUCCCUCCUACAUCCGUGACUCCAGCGUCGCGGUCGUCGUCUAUGAUAUCUCAAAUGCGAAAUCUUUCCAGAACACGAAGAAGUGGAUCGACGACGUGCGCGCCGAGAGAGGAAACGACGUGAUCAUUGUUCUCGUUGGCAACAAGACGGACUUGAACGACAAGAGAGAAGUGACAACUCAGCAGGGCGAGGAGGAGGCCAAGAAGAACAAUCUCAUGUUCGUGGAGACCAGUGCGAAAUUGGGACACAACGUCAAGACGCUGUUCAAGAGAAUAGCGCAGGCUCUCCCGGGCAUGGAGGGAUCAGACGCCGCCACGCAGGCCUCGAGCCAAAUGAUUGACGUGAAGACGGCCCCGGCCCAAUCGUCGCAGGAGGGAUGCGCGUGCUAG